AUGUCCCUCUUUAGUCUGUUGCAAGACUGCUUCGAGGCCCUCUCCCAUGGCAGUUUUCCACCCAGUGAUCUAUUGAAGCAGACAAUUAGCAAGGGCUUGGGCUUUGCUAUCAUUGCUGCUGCAUGCGUAGUAAAGGUUCCACAGAUCUUGAAAAUAUCUCAGAACCAAAGCGCCCAAGGACUCAGUCUACUCUCUUUUGAGCUUGAGCAGCUGGCUCUUACAAUCCAUGGAUCGUAUGGCUUCAUUUUGGGACUACCUUUCAGUGCCUAUGGAGAGGCAGUAGUCCUUGUGCUGCAAAAUUCUUUCCUUCUGGCUCAGAUAUACGUCCUUUCAAAGACGUCUUUCUGGCGACCUUUCCUAGCAAUCUCACUAUUUGGCACUGCGCUUGCCUUCAUCUCAGCGGGAAUGGUGACCCCAUCGUUGAUAAUGAUCCUGUACGACCUGAACAACAGUAUAGUCCUGGCGGCACGUCUGCCUCAGAUCUAUCAAAACUUUAUGAACAAGAGCACAGGACAACUCAGUGGGACGGUGUAUGUGGCCAACUUCUUGGGCUGCAUCGCUCGGAUAUUCACAUCUCUGCAGGAGGGUGGAGGUUAUGCAAUGGUCCGUGGCUUUCUGUUAGGUUUGCUCCUCAACGGAACGCUGGUCUCUCAAGUCCUUCUAUACAGGGGCAGCAAGGCUAUUCCGGGAAAGAAAUUGGAAUAA